AAUGCAACAUAGUCUAUUUUGAGCCUCUUUUUUAUAUUUGUAUUUAUUUGCCUGGCAUUGCUUAUGCACUAAUCGCCUGCCAAUAAAAUAAGGCCAGCAUAUGGAGUAGUAGCAUACAUGCACACGCAUCUUGUGUCCUGCUUUUAUAUGCAAUCUUCUCCAUCAUCUUCUAUCAUCAUCAUCAAAGUGCACAAAUCCUACUCGAUCUUCUGACCAUACAGUCUAUUCAUCAAAGGUGCAAUACAGAUGCUGUGAAUGAAUGGCAUCUCAAUCAGGUAUCGAAGCAGAGCAUAACUUACUCCACCUGUCGUACUUGACAAGUACAAUCGUGGACUCCCAUACGACAGAGGCAAGAUUGCGAUCAAAUUUAAAGCGAAUGGAGAAAAGACAGUUCGGUCAUUCGAGACAAUAGUGAGCUCUGCAACCACAUCACAUAAAGCUGUGUGUAUCAUCUCAUAAAGGAAGACGGAAUCUCCACCAUGCCGCUCUCACGUCAGUCCAGCUUGAAAGGCAAUCAGCCAAUCGCUUCGCCAACUUCAUCUUCAUUCAAUACCUCUUCCACAUCCUCACAAGCCGGUAAAGCACCAAUUCGAACAACCUCCGGUACAACAACAGGGGUGUCCAUAUCUCCAAACAUAUCAUCACCCACAACAAUCAAUGGAAAAGGUGCGGCAAAUAGUUUCGAUCUAGCAGCACCUUCUCCAAAUCCACAUGGAGGCGUUAUUGGGGCUGGUGGAAGGAAUACACCGCAAUCGGCUUCAGUAUUCGCCAAUUCAGGCAACUUCAUAGUCAAUCGACCGGGUUCGGCAAGUGCGAUCAACAGGAGGCGAAGCGAACACAUUGCUUCACCCAUCGAUCAACAUUCUUCGCAUCAGUGGCCAUCAAAUUCGCCAACCUAUGGACAAAAUCAACAUGUUCAUCAUCCACAAAGCGCAACAAUCAGUCAUUAUCAUCCUUAUCAGAACGUGUUUGAGGAAGAAGGCAUCACAUUUGAAGAUGAUGAACAGGAUAAAGGACACGGGGCUAGCAGACGUGCCAGUGCAAGUUUCGCUGCCAAUAACAGCGGAGGAAGAUGGACACCAACAAUAUUGAGUAAUAUGCUCCGAAAGGCCGAAGGACGUUUUUCGCCUGUAAGCACAUUUACGAAUCAUAAUGCGGCAGCAAGCACAGCAUCGUCUUCGCAUAAGAGUGCCCAGCCUAUCUCGCCCCGCUUCAAAAUGGUGACCUCUGAACCAGAAGAAAUGGCACAAGAAGACGAAGAGGUUGCUUACGACACCAACGAUCAACCUGCACUUGGUGGUCGCAAAACUCCUGCUCGCUAUCGUCCACAAACAGAGAGCGGCCCGAAAUUAGGAUUAGUGAUAGAACAGCCGUCGCAAGAAGCAUCGAAUGUGGUCAUGAAUACGGUGUCUGGAAGUGGGUAUGGAGGAAGGAGUGCCUCUCGGAAUCAUAGUAAGGCCAAUGGCGCUUAUACUCCUUCCUCGCCUGCUACAAGGCAAAUGCAUCCUCUUUCGCACGCUCAUAAAAUGUCAACAGCAUCCUCAACGUCUGCAUCAUCCCAUUCGAUCAAGAUGCAGUCACCGCAAAUGAUGUCGCAUUCCCGUCAUGCUUCCUUACACAAAAAUCCUCUACAAUCUUCGCCAAAUAUCGGGCCAAGUUCUGGCUCAGGAGCAAAUGCAUCUCCAUUGAUCGUUCCUCAAGCAAGACGAGGGGCGAUCAAUUUACGCCAUGCAAACAGGAGAGGAAAGAGCGGCGGAGGGGGUAAAAGGCGUAAUCGUGUGACCUCUCAUUCGGUACCUAUUCAUAUUCAAGUCGUUCGCAUAUUAAAAUUGGUCUUUUGGGCAUUACUGCAUCCUUUGGGAGCCUGUAAAAGCUUUUCUUCAUUCAUUACCACAACGAUGCACGAUAUCGAUAAAGCUUUUCGUGAUCCCAGAACGGGAAAUCGCGUUUGGAGGCCUGCAUGGCUAGGAGCAUACGUACCGCUUUUGAUCUGGCUUGCUGUCAGUCUGAGCAGCACGUUUACCGUUCUGGUAUGGCAUACAGAAGUCUUUCAAGGUUUGGAUAGAUUGUCGCUAUAUCUGCAAAGUCUGGGAUUGACAGGUCGUUUGAUCCUUGGUUUCUUGAUUUUUAUCACAACUUUCCCGCCUUUGCCUCUUUAUUCCACUUUGAUCAUCUUAUGUGGUUUCAGUUUUGGCUUGAUUCAAGGCUUUAUCAUCAGUUAUAUCGCUGCUCUCUCAGGCGCGAUAGUUGUCUUCGUUAUGAGUAGAAGCUUCCUCAAAGGAUGGAUGGUCGGUUUGCUCAAUCAAAGUGGAGGAUUGAAGAAAGUCGUUCGAGCGAUCGAAAAGAGACCUAAACUUUUGUUCCUGGUCCGUUUAGCUCCUUAUCCGUACAAUCUUAUGAACACACUUUUAGCAAGUUCGCCAACAUUGACUUUGAAGACGUACACGAUGUGCACUGCUUUGGCUUUACCAAAAUUAUUGGUUCAUUGUGGAUUAGGAACGACGAUCAAGAAUUUUGCUGCUUACAACGGAGCGGCUUCUUCGCCCGGUACAAACGCAAAAGGUGAACCUCUGAUUGGGGAUGAUCAUGCGAACACAGAUCAAGCAAAAGCCUCUGAAACGGCUGAAUUGAUCAAGCACAUUUUCGGUCUCGUUGGUGUUGUGCUUUGUGUGGGUAUUUUUCUCUACCUUUUCAGCGUUGCAAGAAAAGCUGUGGACGAAGAAUUAGACGAAGAUGAACUAGCGGCAGAUGAAUACGAAUUGAUGGCCACCGAUGAAGAAAGUGCGGACGGGCUGGAAGAAGAUGAGCUCAAUAUCGCCAAUGCAGGUUUUGAUAGCUCGCGAAAUGUGUCAAGUGAUGGAUCACGCGAAGAUGUGAGUGGCAGUCAAAGGAAUUCCUCUCAAAGCUUUGUUCGCUCGAAUGGAGUGCAAUUCGCUGGUCGAAAUAGCAAUAGUGAUGCAACGCUUGUCAAUGGAGGUGGAAUGUUGAAUGUGAUGAAGCAUAAAGCACACGAAUCAACUGAAGGCGCUACGCCGCUAUUCAUAGCUCCUUCUUCAAAUGUAGACGGAGGUGUACAUGGAGACGGAAGUGGUAAUACGGCAAAAGAUGGCGGUUUCUUUGGUGCUUGGGGCUAUACACCUUCUUCUCGUCCGAUGACUGCAUCACAAUCGAACAACAGUGUAGGCAAUACUUUUGUUUCAAAGAGGUAUAUGGACAGUCAAACAAGUUUAGUGGAGAGUAUUGCCGAAAUGGAAAAGCAUGCAAAUGCAAUGUCAGAUUUCGAAGGAGAUCAUGAUAUUUACGGAACGGCGAACGAUCAAAGACAUGAUAUCAGUAUAGAAUUUUCACCACCUCCGAUCAAAACCAAACAUGUCAACACCGUAGCACAACAAAGUGUUAUCGGCAAUGAUGAUGAAUUGGAUGGCGAACGAGAAAGACAAUCGCUCUUAAAUGUUGAUCGAGAACGUGCUUCUCGUAGAAGUCAAAUGGGAUAUGAAGAAGAUCAUUUUGGCGGUGUUCAAGGUCAUGAGGUGGAUGAUUCUCGUGCAAUCACGCCUAGAACGACGAGCAAAGCAAGCGUGAAUUAAAUCAGGAUACUUUUCUUCUCCUCAUGUACAUUCUCUAAACAUAAUCUUGUAAUAUUUCAUAUAAAAAGCAUCGAAUUGGUUGGCAUUCGUACC